UGAACAAGUAAAUAGUAAAUAUCUAUUAUUGACAAACAUUUUGUAAUUGCUAAGUGGUAUAUGUAAAUAGUUCAUAGUCAAUUCUGUUAUUGAAAGAAAGCUGUGGUUAUUCUUUUUUUAUCUAUCAUGCGAUGUGGUUUAUUGGAUAUAAAGACAGAGGGUUCACUCUUUAAAAACAACACCAUACAGGAAUAUAUGUAAUAAAAUAAAAAAAGGGAACAAUAAUGGGUUGUGCUGCUUCUUCUGAUAGUGGAAAUCAGUAUACAUCACUUGGACAACAUGGACAGCAAACUUUUAGGAUUGAACGACACAUAUGGAGCCAACAACAAACACGACACAUAUGGAGCCAACAACAAACACAUUCUCAACAGGAUUAUCAACCAGAACAACAACCUACAUUAAACAAAGUACCACCACAAUUCGAGUAUAAAUCACCACCUGUGCAAAUCGUGGCUACCAAACCCAAAAGUGGCGACAAAAAUGGCCCAGUUGGAGUUAAAAGCAGUAAUACCAAAAAGAUAGUUGACUCUAACAAUACUGACGAUAUGAUGUUGCCUGGACUGCCAGACUUCACGGUAGCCGAGUAUGUACCAACAGACAUUGGAACAUACGAACUGUUCUUAGAUUUUCGGACAUUGUCUGCAGAUUUUCCCACACAGGAACCUCCUCAUCCUGACGGAGAUCUGUAUACUGAUUACAAAUUCACUGUUGAUGUUGCUUUUCCCAAUAGAUCAGAUUUGGAAUGGAAAAGACCUAUGGAAGUCGCAGAAGAACCUGUUCUAUUUUCAGAUGGAGCAACUAGAUUUGACAUUGGACAAGGAGAAGUAGGCACUUGCUGGUUUAUGGCUAUGGUAGCAAACCUUGCAGACAAACCAAGAUUGCUACGAAGAGUAAUACCGGUGGAUGCUUACAAAAUAGGUUCGGAUGAUUAUGAUGGGAUAUUUCACUGUCGGUUCUGGAGAUUUGGUGUUUGGAAUGAUACCUAUAUAGAUGACUUCCUACCAGUUGUGUAUGAAACAAAUAUAGCUGGGGCUCACUCUGCAACAGACCCAAAUGAGAUGUGGGUGGCUCUCCUGGAAAAGGCUUUUGCAAAAUUAUAUGGAUCUUACGAAGAAAUAACUGAAGGAUUAACAGCUGAUUCCUAUAUGAACUUAACAGGAGGAGUUGCGGAGAGGAUCGACUUCACGGAGAAAAAGAUUUCUCCCAAACGAUUAUUCCAAAGGUUAUACAAUGCCUUCCAGUGCCCUACUACUAUGGUCGGAUGUAUUGUUCCGGAUAAGAAUAACGGUAAACGUGGAUUGGUAGGAGGCCACGCUUAUUCCAUGAACGGAGCGUUUAUUGUAGGUGAAGCCAAGUUAUUAAGAUUAAGAAAUCCCUGGGGCCAUGGUGAAUGGAACGGUCCAUGGAGUGAUAGGAGUCCUAAAUGGAAUUCUGCCCCAUCAGAUUGUGUUCCACACCCCUCAAAAGACGACGGAGAAUUUUAUAUGGAUAUAAAUGAUUUUCUGCGAUACUUUGAAGCUUGUACCAUUUGUAAUCUAACACCGGAUUUUGACAGAGAUGGAUUUCCUGAUAUGUUAAACUACGUUACAUGUAUAUAUGGAAACUGGCAUGAUGGAAAGAAUGGCGGAUCUGAACAACGAACAAAGAAUCCGUGUUACUGUGUUACACUCGGGGAUAAAGCAAUGGACGAUGAAGGUAAAGUUGCCCUUGUUGUUCAGAUAGUACAAAGAACAUUAGACAGUAGGAAUGAUUUUACUGAAGUCAGAUGUGAUCUAUUCAAGGUUCUUAGCAAAAACGACCAUUGUGUUUCCCUGGAACUGUUAGGUGACAAGUCUAAUAUAUACAUGGGGAAUGUACAAAAUACAUACAGAUUCCUUGUUGAACCAGGUUCAUAUGUUGCUAUACCCUCGACAUUGGAAGCUGGAUAUGAAAAAGAGUUCCUGAUCAGAUUUUUUACCGCCGCUCCUGUGUCAAAUCCUCAUGAAGUAGACAACAUUACUAUAAUGACAGGAAAGGGUAGAAAUGGCGAUGAACCAGCCGCAAAUUCACGUUUUAAAUGUACAAAAUGUUCAGUUGGUGCAUUCCAAAGUGGUCUUAAUGCUGGAGGAACCAUAGCGUGUGACGAUUUUGCAAAUAAUCCUCAGUAUCUACUGACAGUCAAUAACGAACAAACAUUUAGGGUUGAAGUUAUGCAACCAGAAAAAGAUGAUGGAUUCGCACUUGGUAUCAAAUUGUUUGAAGCUCCUGGAGAUAUUUUCCCGGUUGAUUACGACUGGUUAAAUGACAACUUUAGCAUUGCUAUGAAAGACAUUGAGGGUGGUGAUGGCCCUUUCCAAUUCGGAACUUCUGUAGACACAUGUUACACAGUUUACCCGGGAACAUAUAUACUACUUAUUCACUGUGAUAGUGAAGUGGAUGAAAACGAUUUUUCUGUGGCAAUUUAUUCAGAAUGUCCAAUUGAGAUGGAAUCAGCACACGUAUAAAAGGAGAUAAAAUAAAAUCUUUGUUGAAUAGAUAAACAAACCUACUUUAUAAGUCCUGAGCUAAAUACUGAAAUAGAAGGAUAUUGUUGAAUGAACGUGGAAAUAGGAAUGUUAUAAAGAUACAAAAAAAGGAGAACAAACAGAUUGUCUUCCUGCUAUCCAACAGUAGUAUAAUCUUCAAUAUUUUACCAAUAACCAGGUUACCUCUUGUUAUGCUUUAAAUACACAAAUACAUCUUGAUAUAUUUUGAAUGGGAAAUAUAUAUUUUUACCCGUUAAUCCGUUUUUUAAGACAAAAAAGGGAUUUGUUUACGACAAUCUAUGAUUUAGAAAAAUAAUUCAUAAUUGACUCAUCUGUGUUAUUUUCUUUUACAUAUCAUUUACUUAUCUUAUGUAACCUCUUUUUGGCAAAAAAAGAAAAUAUUAUCAUCGAUUCAAAAUUUUAAAACUUUUUAUCAGGGGAUAUAACUUUGAAAUAUAAAGGAAUGUACAGCACUUUUCCCUAUUUUGGUGUGUAGCAAGAUAUCGAUUACGGUGAACCCCAUUUUUUUUUUAUUGUCUAAAGCUUAUAAGAGCUAUCUUGACCUAUUUCAUUUUAAAAUUCUACCUUUUCGUUUUCUUUCUAUUCACACAAAAGGGCUUUUAAUGUAUAAUCCAUACCACAAUUUUGCACAACCUAUAGCUUGAAAAAACAGCUUUGUGACUCACACCUUUUCUUAUAUUCUUAAAAAUAUCAUCAUAUAAACCACAUGUUUGGCAAAGUAUGAUUCGUUUUUAUUGUUCAUAAUUUAGACUCCAUAUCUACCCUAAUUUCACGAUAUUAUAAUUUAUUGUUAUAUAUUCAUAAAGCUAGAGAUAUUUUGUUUUUUACACAGCUGUUUCUUUGCAUAUAUAUAUAUAUAUUCUGUGUUUUCACUUUGAAAAAUAUUUCAUCAAGUGAAAGUUAUAUAUAUAUUUAUAAGUUAUCAUUGUAAACACAAAUGCACUAAUUUUUGACAAACUGUAUGUAUUAUUCCGAUGAUGUUUUACAGUGUUACAAAUUAUAUCAUUAUUCCUUU